GUAAAUCGGUUCACCAUAUAAAACAACAAUCAAUGAAAUUCUAACCAGAAAACUAUGAAAAAACAUACUUAAGCCAUUCCGUGCCUAGCAAUAGAAGCAACAAACCCCUAACAACGGACUCUUUAGUAACGGGCCCCACAUCGAUAUCGACCAAAGUAAGGCUUAGCUUCCAGCGGCCUAGUUCCCAUCACCCGCCCAAAAUGAACAGACGCAACAAUGGUACUUCCAUGCAACACACUUCCAAAUUUACAUCCUCCAGUCGGAAGUCGGUUCUUCAGGGAACCAAAAACUUCGUCUGGGAUAGAGAGGAGUUAUCAUCCAAUCUGCCCUACUUCAAUCGCAACUACGAGAUUCCAUUCAAUCGGCCGCCUAAUGAGGUCAACUUUCUAGGUGGACUGGGCAGCAACAAAGCCCACUACAGGUCCAAGGUACACCCGCAACGGGUUUCAACGGUACAGAAAUUGAUGCGCAUGAGGACGUCUAACCGAAUGUUGGAAACGUUGACGGAGGACUUGCGGAAGGUGAAUCUUUGUCGACACUCGAAGAAAGUUAAACACAGGGACCGACACAUCGGCGAAUACAUCAACAAGAUCACUGAUGAGCUUCAGCUGGCAGGGAAUGUGGAAAAAUCCACACCUUCGGAACAGUCGGAUGUGCAAUUUCAGGCCAGUGCCAGAAAGAAUAUUUCAAACGAUGACUACAAGGAGAUGAUACAAAAGUUGGAUAAGAUGCUUCUGGAUGAUCAAGGUCCCAGAGCAAGCUAUGGGACCACGUUUCGAGACUGGGCACUUCGAGAGCGGUACAAUUUCAAAAACAAAAACAACAUUGAUAUGAUGAAACGAGAGAAGGAGAAUUUGGAGUCGGAGAUGGGAUCAUCGGUGGACACGAAGCCCUGCGACUUCAUCACGGCGGAUGGACGGCGAGUAACGAAGUUGAAGAAAGCUACUAGGAUUCCUCACCUCGAGGGGUACAUGUAUGGUCCAUUUACGAAACUUCCCCGUUUGGAUCCACUGUUGGAAAGCGAGACAAAAUUUGGCAUUCCUUUGAGCUUAUUGGUUCGAUCGUACCGCGAGAUGGAUUCAAUGAAGGAAGGCGAACGGAAUGUGAUCAAUACAAGACUGGCCCACAUGAGGAUCCCCUUGUGUCCGAGGAGUAGCGACGAGUCUUCCGACGACGAGGACAAAAUGGAAGAAGUGAAGAUCCUGUCGUUUAUACGCACUCCAUACUUUCGGAUUCCAAUGAUUCGAACGCAAAAGAAGCGACGGAAGGAUCGACUUCGCAGCCGUUGGUUGAAGAAGGAUCGCUUGAAAAGAAUCACUAUGCUGCUGUACGACCGUUCGGAGGAGAACAUGAAGCACAGGAAGCGAAGUGGUAGGCACCGACCAGGAUCGGAUUCGGAUUCGAUGGAUUCGGCUGGCGUGAAGAGGCGAACAGCUUCUAAGCAAACGAAGGAGGAUGUGAAACCGGAGUUGUCGGAUAAGCGCAAGCGUUAUUUCGAGUUCAUCGAGCAAAAGUCUCUGGAGUAUCGUCGACUGUACGACGAAUGCUUGAAGCAGCGAAUGACAUCAUUCCAAGACUUCAAGAACAUCGAUUUAGAUGAUAAACUUUCGGACACCUCACGAUCGAAGUCGAGAUUACAAAAGUUAAAGUCACCCGAAGAGGUGAAAGAUCCACAGGAGAGGGCAAUGCUACGAUUUCCUUCGAACCGUUUUAAAAGUUUAUCAAGAAGCGAUGGUCUAAUGGGGUCAUUCUACAUUGAUCCAGAGUUCCAUGACAAAGUAAAGGAUUUGAAGAUGUAUAAGAAAGGUUCUAAAUACUACACCAGCCUGAUGCGAGGUCGCGUAGAUCCUCGUGAGCGAUUGCAAGUUAACGCACCGGAUUUCGACGAAGAACAGCUUGGAUUCAAAACAAAGUUUUUCAAUCGUUUGGCCACCGAAUGGGACAAUUACUAUAUCCACGAGCUCCGAUACCGCCCAAGGAUGAGAAAGUUUUGUCCGAAAACAGACAUUCUCAAUAUUCGCGAACAGCGUCGUAAAACUUUCCUUCAAUACUACAUAGCGGAAAAUUUGCUGAAGAUUCGUGAAAAACAGAUGCUAGAGAGGAAGUUUGCCAAAUGGAUUAAAGAUUUUUGCAAACAAACGAAGCCGCUGUUCAAAGUGUGGAAGGACAAAGCUUACGAUAAGGUGCUGGAAAUGUCCGAUCGGGAAAAAGAAGCUCAACAGGAAUCGAAACGAUUGCGGAAUGUGCUGCAAGACCGGCAAAACAAGAUUCAAGCAAUCACGGAAAAGAUUCUCUUGCUGGAGGAACGGUGGACUAAAAUCAUGCAGAUUAGGAACUACUACUACCUUUUGAUGGACUCACAAUGGAGACUGGAAAAUGAUCACUUGCAUCGGUCGGCUAACGGCAACCUGCUUCCGGUCUCCGACGCCGUCCGCAACUGCCAUUCCUUGUUCAUCCGGACGGACGGCCUCAACAUCGGGACGGAAAUCGCUGCCUUCUACCAGGAACACAUUUUCCCCGAGCUGGAACAACAUCCUAGCUGCACCCCCGAUCCAGGGCUGUUUCUCAUCGGACUCGGUCAAAUCAAUCACCGCACCAUUGAACUGAUACAAAAGUACAACGACAAGCUAAUGGUGUUCAGUCGAAUCGAUUAUCACUACAAAGGCGUCCUGCAGGAGUUUCCACGGUAUUUCAGUAACCAUAACGAUAUGCUGGAAACGUACCACAACAAGGUCACGAUGAUACAGCGCAAGAACGAAGCCAUGAAGCUCCAGGUGCAGCAAAUGCUGGGGGAACCACUGAGGAAGUGUGUUAGCAAUAAAACAAUGCGCAUCACAAAUUCAAUCCUCAAUCAAUUGUAUGACUUCAUUCGGAAAUCGAAAAACCUCGGCAAGGAAAUCAUUCAAAUCAGUAACAUGGAAAAGUUAGCAAUAAUCCACCAAUUCAUCGUGGAUUUAUUGGCAGACUUGGAUCAACUACCGUUGGACAUUCUAAGGAGUUCGGAGUUGGAGGCCCGUAAAAAUAGAAAGCUUGCACUGAAGCAGGCCAACAAUGCUCUCAAGAGGAAGGAGGUAUUUGAUUUGCUUCGGAAACAGCUCAGAUGGCAUGUGAAGAAGUAGACAGCGAAUCGAAACCGCACGAUGCAAAACAGUGUACUGAUAUGAUAACCGUUAUGAAUGAAAUAAAUUGACUGUACCCUUGAAA